AUGACGCAAAUGAAAAUUAGAGAUACAGGCAGUGUUUUAGAGUAUCUUCAACGUAUGCAGAUACAAGAUCCAAACUUCUUUUAUGCUAUACAAGUGGAUGUGGAUGAUUUGAUCACAAAUAUUUUUUGGGCAGAUGCAAAGAUGAUACAAUCAUACUCUUAUUUUGGUGACGUUGUAAGCUUUGAUACUACAAAUAAGAAAAACCAAGAUGGGAGACCUUUUGCAAUGUUUCUUGGAGUGAAUAAUCGUAAAAAAACAACUAUUUUUGGUACUGCUCUCCUUUAUGACGAAACUGCUAAAGUAUUUGAGUGGUUGUUUGAUAUGUUUGCCACAUCAAUGUCAGGAAAGAAACCAAAGACAAUUCUUACUGAUCAAGAUGCCGCAAUGACUGAACCACUUGAAUUUAGCAACUGCGUAUAUGAUUAUGAUGAAGAAAGUGAAUUUCUUGAGGCUUGGAAUAAGAUGCUAACGAAAUAUGGUCUUGAAGAUAAUAAAUGGUUGAAAAAAAUGUACAAUUUAAGAGAAAAAUGGGCUUUGGUGUAUGGUGGAGAGACAUUUUGUGCUGAUAUGACAACUACCCAGAGAAGUGAGAGCAUGAACAAUACAAUAAAAGGUUAUGUAAGCUACAAACAUGACCUUUUACGGUUUUUUGAGAACUUUGAAAGAUUACUUGAGAGUCGCCGCUAUGAAGAGUUGCAAGCUGAUUUUAGAGCAACUCAAACUAAAAUGAAAUUAUCAUUUGAACUUGAAAUUUUAAAGCACGGGGCAAGCUUAUACACUCUGGCAAUGACCAACAUUUUUCAAACUCAAUUAUGUGAAAGUUAUGAUUGUGCAAUGACUUUAUGUGGUGAGAAUGAGACAUUAUCAAAGUACAAAGUUGUCCUAGAAAAGAAAAGGUAUCUCCAUCAUACUGUUCAUUUUGAUUCAACUGAUAAUACUGUGACAUGUUCUUGCACAAAGUUUGAGUUUACAGGUAUAUUAUGCUCACAUGCUCUUAAAGUUUUGUCUGGGAAAAAUGUAAUGAACAUUCCUCUCCGUUAUAUUUUGAAAAGAUGGACAAAAGAUGCAAAAAUUGGAGGUGAAUUAGAUAACGAUGUGCAACAUGUAUACAAUAAAGAUCCUAAAGUCAACACAAGGCAACUCGAUAUCGAGAGAUAUGUAGAUUUAUAA